UGUGUUGAUGUACAGAGAAAAAGACGCGCUUUGCAUUUAAAAAGCCUUAAUUUUUAAAUUAUAUUUGUAAUAAUACUUUUACAGCUUUUUUUAUCAGUGCAAUAUGUCUAAUAAAUUCGAUGCUUUAAAAACAAGUGAUGAGAGUGGCGAUGAAGAAUUUCCACAAAAAUAUAUGCAGAAACUGGCUAAGGAAGUAUUGGUUGCUCCAGAUAUUAGUCCAGACGAACACAAAUUACAAUAUGCGUAUGCUCUUUGGUACAGCAAGCGAAAUCCAGGCAAGCUAGGUGCCUUACUAAGUUAUGAUCAGAAUUUAAAAUUAAUUGGACGGUUCGCAAGUGUUGAACAAUUUUGGGGUCUUUACAGUCAUUUAUCAAGGCCAUCGGAAUUAAAUACUCACACAGAUUUUCAUUUAUUCAAAAUUGGUAUAAAACCUAUGUGGGAAGAUGAAGCUAAUCAAAGAGGUGGAAAAUGGGUCGUACGUUUACGCAAAGGUUUAGUCUCUCGUUGUUGGGAGAACUUAAUUUUAGCAAUGUUGGGCGAACAAUUUAUGGUUGGCGAGGAAAUAUGUGGUGCUGUUGUUUCAAUACGAUUCCAAGAAGAUAUUAUUUGUUUAUGGAAUAAAACAGCAUCCGAUCUUUCAACAACUCAGAGAAUCAGAGAUACUUUACGACGUGUUCUGCAUCUUCCUCCCACUGCAUUAAUGGAGUAUAAGACACAUAAUGACAGCCUUAAAGGUGUUAAAGACCAUAAAAUUUAAAGACUAAAUUACCUAAGGCUAAGAUACUGCAAAAUGUAUACUUCUUAAUAUCUUUUGUCAGACAUUAUUAUUCUUUCAUUUUUUUUAAAAACAAUUUAAUUCAAUUCGUAAAAAAUGAGAACUGAAAUAUUUCUUGAGCGACUAAAUAUGUACUUACGCUAGUAAUGUCAAAUGCAAGGGUACAGCGUACCAGAAAGACCAAUUUAUAUGGCGCAAAAGUUAUUAAUAUAUUAUACUUUAUUGGACUUACAACACCAAGAAGAAUGUAAUCUUAUAUGUACAGCAAUCUCCAAGGCAAUGGAUUGAACUUUCGACAUUUUGUAUAUAAUGCUGUAAAUAAUGGAUAUAGAAAUAAAAUAGGCAAUUAAUUUGAA